AUGGCAGAGGCUACGUAUGUCUGUGACUACAUUCUUGGAGGUGAACUUGAUGGAUCUAGCUCAAGCAAAGAGGCUCUUCUAGAGAAAUUCAAAUUUGCAGUUUCUAAGGAUUUUGAUCCAGAGAUUGACCUGGUAAAACUUGGUAUUGCUAACCAAACUACAAUGCUGAAGGGGGAAACGGAGGAGAUUGGGAAACUAGUGGAGAGGACCAUGAUGCGUAAAUAUGGAGUGGAAAAAAUCAACGACCACUUCAUUAGUUUCAACACAAUUUGUGAUGCCACACAAGAGCGGCAAGAUGCCAUGUAUAAGCUGGUGGAUGAACAACUUGAUCUCAUGUUAGUAAUUGGUGGGUGGAACUCAAGCAACACUUCACACCUACAAGAGAUUGCAGAGGACCGUGGAAUCCCUUCAUAUUGGGUUGAUAGUGAGCAGAGAAUAGGUCCUGGAAACAAAAUAAGUUUUAAGUUAGUGCAUGGCGAGCUGGUUGAGAAAGAGAACUGGCUACCUGAGGGUCCUGUUACAAUAGGUGUAACAUCUGGUGCAUCUACCCCUGAUAAGGUUGUUGAAGAUGUUCUUAUCAAAGUAUUCGACAUCAAACGUGAAGAAGCUCUGCAACUGGCAUAG